UCAACACGCAUGCGUGUACAAGUUUCACCAUUUCAGAUAGCUUAGCUUGCUAACCAGGCUGUUUAUUUCUUGCCCCUUACAGAAUUGGACUAUGGUUGAAAUUUGUUUAUAUGGAAUCGUGGUAAAUGGGUUUCCAUGAUAUUCGGUCUUACAUGGAUUAGUUACUGUAUCGUCGUUUUGUAGAGUUUUGCCGUGCGCGGGUUGCCGACUUCUGAAGGCCAACACGGGGAAGCCUUUGUGGCCCAAGAGCUGGUGAGGCUACCACUUGGAUUUUGUCUUUUCUUUACUCUUCAACCCUAACGUGUGCCAUCAGUGGCUUACAAGGAACCAUCCUUAUAAUUCCCGGAGUACUCAAGAAUAAACAGUAGUUCCUGCAUCGAAAUAACCUUAUUGUCGCUCCGUCCAGAUAGCAAAUGGACGGUGAAGAUGAGUUCUUUUCCGGGAACCACUCUGAUGAUGGUAGUGGCACCCCUGUCCAAGAUGAAAAUGCUUUAGGCUCUGAUGGAGAAGAGGAUGCGAGGAGUGAGGCCCGCCACUCUGAGGAUGAGGGAAGUGAUGGUGAGGGAGACGCAGCUGGUGGCAGAGCCCGUGCCAGAGACAGCGGCUCAGAGCACGGAGACUCUGACAAGGACGAGCCAGCAGGAGGGCACGACAGUGACUCUGAGCCCGAACGUCCCAGGGCCGCAGACAGUGACUCUGAGCCCGAACGGCCCCGGCCUGCAGACAGCGACUCUGAGCCUGAGGCUCCGAGGCCUGCAGACAGCGAUUCGGAGACAGAGCGUCCUAGGCCAGCAGACAGUGAUUCAGAACCAGAACGGCCAAGACCCGCAGAUAGCGACUCAGAGCCCGAACGUCCCCGGCCUGCAGACAGCGACGACGACGAAGCGUCUUCGCCUCCUCCUCCCAAGCGCAGGGGCAGCACCUCGGAAAACGAGGACGAACGGCAAAAGCAGAACGCCCAGAACAGCGACUCUGAGAACGAGGAGCCGAGCAAACCCCGGCCGGCGCCCUCGGAUGCGGGGAGUGACUCUGAAAACGAGGCGCCCGCCAGAAAGAAAAGGAUAGCGUCAGACGAUGAUGAUGACGACAACGAUGAAACAAAAGCGGAUGACAAAAAGGAGGGCGCCAAAAAGAAACGGAAAGCGGUUAUGCAGUCCGACAGCGAGGAUGAAGAUGAGGGACGAACAAAGGCGGAUGCUGGGAGCGACCAGGAGGAAGAGGAGGGCCAGUCAAAACGAGCUGCAGCAGAGGACACCGAUGAUGACGAAGAUAAACCAGUAAAGAGGAAGAAGGCCAUUCUCUCCGACAGUGAAGAUGAUGACGAAGAGAAAGUGGCUAAAAAGAGUCGCCGGAUGUCCGACGGUGAGAAUGACAGCGAUGCAGACUCGGACAGUGCGGAGAAGACCCACGCGGCCAAGCUACGAGAGCUGGGCUCCGACAGCGAGGAUGACGAGGACAAGCCCAAGGCGGAGGGCGAGAAGAAGGACGAGAAGGCGCUAUUUGGUAGUGACAGCGAGUCCGGAGGGGAGGAUGAGGAAGAGAAAAUGAUUGCAGACAUCUUCGGAGAGUCUGGGGAUGAGGAGGAAGAGGAGUUCACUGGUUUCAAUCAGGAAGAUCUGGAGGGAGAGAAGGCUAAGCCCCAGGCUGCAAACAAACCACUCGCUGAUGACUCUGACUCUGAUGAAGGAGUAGACCGUGGCAGAGACACCGUCUCUGACUUCAUGUCAGACUUUGACAUGAUGCUGGCUCGUAAGAAGGCACAGAGCAAGAAGCGCCGGAGAAACCGAGACGGCGGAACGUUCAUUAGCGAUGCAGAUGACGUCGUUAACGCCAUGAUUACCAAGAUGACAGAGGCUGCUGAGGAGGACAGAACAUUAAAUAGCCAAAAGAAACCAGCUCUCAAGAAACUCACCCUCCUUCCCACAGUCGUCAUGCAUCUGAAAAAGCAGGACUUGAAGGAGACGUUCAUUGACAGCGGCGUGAUGAGCGCCAUUAAGGAAUGGAUCAGUCCCCUUCCAGACAAGAGCCUGCCGGCCCUCAGGAUCAGAGAGGAGCUCCUCAGGAUCCUCAUGGAACUUCCCAGCGUCAGCCAAGAGACCCUGAAGCACAGUGGAAUCGGCCGUGCCGUCAUGUUCCUCUACAAACACCCCAAAGAGUCUCGGCCCAACAAGGACUUGGCCCUCAAACUCAUCAAUGAGUGGUCUAGGCCCAUCUUUGGCCUUUCAUCAAACUAUAAGUGCAUGACCAGGGAGGAAAGGGAACAGCGAGACUUGGACCAACAGGUCGCCCCUCGCAGACGGCUCAGCUCCGGGGGACAGACUCCGCGCAGGGAUCUGGAGAAAGUGCUGACGGGUGAAGAAAAAGCUCUUCGUCCAGGUGACCCUGGCUUCUGUGCCCGCGCCCGAGUCCCCAUGCCCUCCAAUAAGGACUACGUUGUCCGACCCAAGUGGAACGUUGAUGGAGAGUCAAAUUCUCGGGGUCCAGUGAAGAAGACCAUGUCCCGUGUGGACAAACAGAUGCGCCGCUUUCAAGACAUCAAACGGCUCAACAAAACCGGCCAAGCCGUCAAGAUCAGCGUAGAAGGCAAUCGCAUGCCCCUUUGAUUUUUAAAAACAAUAACAACGCUUCUGUGUUUUUGUUUUUAUUUAGUUUCUUUCUCUUCCCCACCCUACCCUACCCCCCCAAACCUUGUAUUUUAUUUUAAUUUGUUUAAAUUUUAUUUUUGUUUAAAAUUUUAUUUUCGGCCCGUUAUGAAUCCAUGCCCCUGUGUUUAUAUAGGCUGAUACCCCAUCCUUCCAUUUCUCACCCUUCCUUUAACCCUUCUUUUCUUUCUCAGUGCAUCCCUCUCUCCCCCAUGGACCCCGUGCCCCCCUUGCUCCAGUACCAGGGGCCUAUACUACAAAGCUGGUUCAGGAGUAAACAAGAGGUAAAUCAUCUAAUAGAAGAGCCUGGAGUCUUCAUUUUCUUAACAAGGACUUUGGGCUCUUCUAUGAGAUGAUUUGCCUCUUAACUUAACCUGGUUUACUCCUGAACCAGCUUUGUAGUAUAAGCACCAGCUGAAAAGAUCUGUAAGAUAUUAUUAGUGUUAUGUCAGCAGACAGAGCCAGGCUCUCGUGUCUGUGAGACGGUGUUUAGCUGUCAAUUUCAUGUUUUCUUUCAGGCAGACGUUUGUACAGGAGUAAAGCUGAAUAGUAUACUGCUCUUGCCGUCAGUUUGGAUUGAUGUCACUUUUCAUAAAUAAAGCAUUUUCCAUGGUUUCCUGGGAUAUGA